UGAGGGUCUUCUCCCUGUCGCCCCAUGUCCAUUCAGGAAGCCCAGCCUUUGCAUACAACCCUUUGCAGCUUUUCCUGGGUUAGCGGGACCCCUCUCUGAUGUGCGGCGACAGUGGGGACACUGGACUGGCUCAGGAGGGCAUGGCCUUGCACUGGCACCUAUCAGCCCAGGCUAACCCCCUCUGCAGUUAGGGUGUGCCCAUUUAGGACUGAGCUUAGCCACUGGCCCCCAAAUAAACCCCAAAGUACCAGCCUCAUGGCCAGACCGGGUGCUGGCCCAGAGUGUUCUGUGCUUCUGGCGUCUGAGGUUUGCUCAGCAACCAGGAGAGUCAGGCCAGGAGGCAGCUUCUCUCCUCUGGGCUGUUCUCACUCGCCUGUACAUGCUAAUGGCUUUGGAUCUCCGAGUUUGAGAGGGUGACAUCCUGGGUGUGCACCCGGAACCGGGAAAGCUGAGGGCAGGAACUUUCCCUGGUCACUUGCAGCCAGUUUUGAUCUAUGAGCUCAGCUUGUCUGGAGGAGGCAGACUGUGGCAGGACAGGAGACUGACCCCUUGCCAGGUAAGGAUGCCACCCUCAGGGGUGGAGGAGGUGACCCUGGGACUGGUGGAUUUCCUGUAGAGGCUAUUGGAAGACGCCUGCAGGAGGCAAAGGGCCUUGGCAUCUGGGCGGCUGGGCUGUGGACAUGGGGCCCAGGUGUCCCGGAAAUUUCCUUUCUGCUGUAGCUCCAUGCUGACUGUCCCCGCCUCUCAGGGUCUGGCUUGCCUGCAGGAGGUAGCUGCAAACUGUGACUCUAGUGGCUUCGGCUUUUGUUCCAGGGAGUGAGCAUGACAUUUGACCCAGGCGCUCACCUGCCAGUUACAGGCUAUCCUGCCAGCGGGUGGGGGCUGGGCAGAAGGGCGUGGGCCUGUGGGGGUCCCAGCUCUCCGCACCAUUCAGGCCAGGCUUGUCCAUUUCAGCUGGCCGCUCACACUCACUCUCUCUCAAACAAAAACUGAGCCUGUAGCCGGGGCUUCCCUGGAAGCUCUGGAAGAAGCCGCAUGAGCCUCGGAAAGCCUCCGGGGCCCCGCUCGCUGGCUCCGGCCCCCGGACUGUCGUUCCCCCGCCUGUGUCUGAGCGGCCUCUCCCAGGACGUCCUCUCUCUCUCCCUGUGUUGUCUGACGUAGUCUUUCUCUUAAUAAAUUGCAGUGUUUUAUGUUUUAGUUCUUAGGUGUGUUUUAUUUGAUUUUCUUUUUUUAAACAAUUAUUUAAGUUCUUUUAACUUCAUGCUCUAGGUUUUAAGGUUCUCCUAAUUUGUUAAUUUUUUUAUUGUUUUUGUUUUGUUUUUUGUUUUUAUGUACUGUAUUUUCAGUGUUUUAACCAAACAGUUGUGGCUACUGUCAUGGUGAGGAAAGACCGCUAAGAGUUUGGGUUCUUUGCAUUUGGAGGUCACUGCUACACGUUGAUGUUUAGGAGGUUGAGAGGUUUGCCUUUAGUGUCCACACGAUGAGAUGUCCGAGUCGGGCCAGUCCUCAGCAGCCGCCACGCCCAGCACCACGGGCACCAAGUCCAACACGCCCACGUCCUCUGUGCCCUCGGCCGCAGUCACGCCCCUCAACGAGAGCCUGCAGCCCCUGGGGGACUACAGUGCUGGCACCAAGAACAGCAAGCGGGCCCGGGAGAAGCGCAACAGCCGCAACAUGGAGGUUCAGGUCACGCAGGAGAUGCGGAACGUCAGCAUAGGCAUGGGCAGCAGUGAUGAGUGGUCUGAUGUUCAAGACAUUAUCGACUCCACCCCAGAGCUGGACAUGGGUCGGGAGCCCCGCCUAGACCGCACCGGCAACAGCCCAACCCAGGGGAUCGUCAACAAGGCUUUUGGCAUCAACACUGACUCCCUGUACCACGAGCUGUCGACUGCAGGGUCUGAGGUCAUCGGGGACGUGGACGAAGGGGCCGACCUGCUAGGGGAGUUCUCAGUGCGCGAUGAUUUUUUUGGAAUGGGCAAGGAAGUGGGGAAUCUGCUGCUGGAGAACUCACAGCUUCUAGAAACCAAAAAUGCUCUGAACGUGGUGAAGAAUGACCUCAUCGCCAAAGUGGACCAGCUGUCAGGGGAGCAGGAGGUACUGAAGGGGGAUUUAGAAGCUGCCAGGCAAGCCAAACUGAGGCUAGAGAGCCGCAUCAAGGACCUGGAGGAGGAGCUGAGGAGAGUGAAGUCCGAGGCCAUCAUAGCUCGCCGUGAACCCAAAGAAGAGGGGGAGGAUGUAAGCAGCUAUCUCUGUACAGAAUUGGACAAGAUCCCCAUGGCGCAGCGCCGCCGCUUCACGCGGGUGGAGAUGGCCCGCGUGCUUAUGGAGCGCAACCAGUACAAGGAGCGGCUGAUGGAGCUGCAGGAGGCCGUGCGGUGGACUGAGAUGAUCAGAGCAUCCCGAGAGCACCCAUCUGUCCAGGAGAAGAAGAAGUCCACCAUCUGGCAGUUCUUCAGCCGCCUCUUCAGCUCCUCGUCCAGCCCCCCUCCAGCCAAGCGGUCCUACCCCUCGGUGAACAUCCAUUACAAGUCGCCCACUACAGCUGGCUUCAGUCAGCGCCGGAGCCAUGCCCUGUGCCAGAUCUCGGCGGGCAGCCGGCCCCUGGAGUUCUUCCCGGAUGACGACUGCACCUCCUCUGCCAGGCGGGAGCAGAAGCGUGAGCAGUACCGCCAGGUGCGCGAGCACGUGCGCAACGACGACGGGCGGCUGCAGGCCUGCGGUUGGAGCCUGCCGGCCAAGUACAAGCAGCUGAGUCCCAAUGGCGGCCAGGAGGACACGCGGAUGAAGAACGUGCCCGUCCCUGUGUACUGCCGCCCUCUGGUGGAGAAAGAUCCGACCAUGAAGCUGUGGUGUGCCGCGGGUGUCAACUUGAGUGGGUGGAAACCCAGCGAGGACCACACUGGGAAUGGAGUCAAGCUGGAGCCAGGCUCUGACCCUUUGACCUGCAACCAGGAAGUGGAAGGAGAGGCCAAGAGCAACCAUACAUCCCCCGAGAAGAAGAAGGCAAAGGAGCUCCCUGAGACAGACGCCACCUCCAGCCGGGUAUGGAUCCUCACCAGCACCCUGACCACCAGCAAAGUGGUGAUCAUUGAUGCCAACCAGCCGGGCACCGUCGUGGAUCAGUUCACCGUUUGCAAUGCCCAUGUCCUGUGCAUCUCCAGCAUCCCCGCGGCCAGCGACAGCGACUACCCUCCAGGGGAGAUCUUCCUGGACAGCGACGUGAACCCUGAAGACUCUGGUGCAGACGGAGUGCUGGCCGGCAUCACCCUGGUGGGCUGUGCCACCCGUUGCAAUGUGCCACGGAGCAACUGCUCCUCCCGAGGGGACACCCCAGUGCUGGACAAGGGCCAGGGGGAGGUGGCUACUGUCGCCAAUGGGAAGGUCAACCCAUCUCAGUCCACGGAGGAGGCCACAGAGGCCACAGAGGUCCCCGACUCUGGGCCCAGUGAGGCAGAGGCAGCUGCGGUGCGGCCUGGGCCCCUCACAGAACACGUCUUCACUGACCCAGCCCCUGCCCCACCCCCGAGUGCACAGCCCGGCAGUGAAAAUGGGCCAGAGGCCAACCUGAGUGGUGUGCAGCCCGAGCAGGAGCCCAGUGGAGACCCCAAGGGGGCCAGCAGCAGUGCCUUGCCCACCAUGUGGCUGGGAGCCCAGAAUGGCUGGCUGUACGUGCACUCGGCCGUGUCCAACUGGAAGACGUGUCUGCACUCCAUCAAGCUGAAGGACUCGGUGUUGAGCCUGGUGCAUGUGAAAGGACGAGUGCUGGUGGCGCUGGCAGACGGGACUCUAGCCAUCUUCCACCGAGGAGAAGAUGGCCAGUGGGACCUGAGCAACUAUCACCUCAUGGACCUGGGCCACCCACACCACUCCAUCCGCUGCAUGGCAGUCGUGUACGACCGAGUCUGGUGCGGCUACAAGAACAAGGUGCACGUCAUCCAGCCCAAGACCAUGCAGAUAGAGAAAUCAUUUGAUGCCCACCCACGGCGGGAGAGCCAGGUGAGGCAGCUGGCGUGGAUCGGCGAUGGGGUGUGGGUGUCCAUCCGCUUGGAUUCCACGCUGCGGCUGUACCACGCUCACACCCACCAGCACCUGCAGGACGUGGACAUCGAGCCCUAUGUCAGCAAGAUGCUGGGCACAGGCAAGCUGGGCUUCUCUUUCGUGCGCAUCACGGCCUUGCUCAUUGCGGGAAACCGGCUCUGGGUGGGCACCGGCAAUGGAGUCGUCAUCUCCAUCCCUCUGACGGAGACUGUGGUCCUGCACCGAGGACAACUCCUGGGGCUCCGAGCCAACAAGACAUCCCCUACGUCUGGGGAGGGUGCCCGCCCGGGGGGCGUCAUCCACGUGUAUGGCGACGACAGCACCGACAAAUCGGCCAGCAGUUUCAUCCCUUACUGCUCCAUGGCCCAGGCCCAGCUCUGCUUCCACGGGCACCGGGAUGCCGUCAAGUUCUUUGUUUCUGUGCCAGGGAACGUGUUGGCCACUCUCAAUGGCAGCGUGCUGGACAGCCCAUCUGAAAGCCCUGGGCCUGCCGCCCCCGCCUCAGAUGCCGAAGGCCAGAAGCUGAAGAACGUGCUGGUGCUGAGCGGGGGGGAGGGCUACAUUGACUUCCGCAUCGGCGACGGAGAAGAUGACGAGACGGAGGAGAGCGUGGCAGACGUGAGCCAGGUGAAGCCCAUGCUGUCCAAGGCCGAGCGCAGCCACAUCAUCGUGUGGCAGGUGUCCUACUCCCCUGAGUGAGGCACAGCCUGUACCGCCCCUGCCUAACAUCACCCUGUACAUACGCUACGCCCUGCUCACCUGCCACGACUGCCCCAUGGGGCAGCCCACCGGCCCCUCUCUAACCUCUCAACCUGCAGCUUUCACCUUAGGUCCGGCCUGGGAGCUGACAGGGGCAGCAAGCAGCAAAGCAGGUCUGGCUCAGGGUGGGGAUGUGGGUGGGAGGGGCAGCUUCUGGGAAUACCCUUUUCCCAGCAGUUCCUGGCCCGGGGUCCAGAAUUCCAGAAUAAGCAGCCCCCAGGUAGCUCUCAACUGCAUCCUGGGCUCCCCAUUCUCAUCACUCACUCCCAGGACACCCAGGAUAGGAAGCAGGGAUUUCAGUCUGCCAAAUACUUGGGGCCCACUUGCCUUUGCCUGCUGUCCAUGAGGGUGGGGGUCUGACCCUAAGGGACCCAACCCAACCACUAGCCUGCCCUGGAUUCCCCCCCAGCCCCAUCCCUGCCAACCUAGGAAUUGGCACGAAAGCAUGCAUCCAGGCUCCCUGGGGCAGCUGUUUGAGAAGACAGAUGCCAUCAUCCUGCUCAAGCCCCCUGAUUGUCCUGUGUGGCAGGCUCUCGGAGCCCUCAUUGACUCAUGUCCCCUCUCCCUGUCCCGGGCAAGCAAGCCCUGCAGUCCUGCUUCUCCUGGAAUCCUCUAGGGUGGAAUUUCUCAGUCUGUCAGGGCAGGCCUAGGCCUCAGCAUAAAGGUGGGGCCAUUGGGAUGCAGGCUCAGCCUCAGGGUGAUGGGGGAAGAUAUGGGAUCCAGGGCCUGCCUACCAAGCAGUCUCCAAGGAGCCCAGUUCCCAAGACAUGCUAAAGUGCCUCGGGCUGGUGGUGUGGCCUUCUCCCUCAUGGGCAACUGACAAGCUGGCGGCAGAGGCCCUAAGGGCUAAGGACAGGGACCACCUCCCCAGCUCUAGGAGCAUGUGUUUGCCUGCUUUGAGGGGUACUGCCCUGGACUGCUGCCUCUCCACCUGCUCAGGCCUUACUCCUGCUCCAAAAGGCACUGAUGAGGGCAGCCCUGGGCCCUGCUGCCCACCCACCUCCCACCAGAGAAGCACAGAUCUUGGGCAGCCAUCCCAUGGCCCAGCCAGACACUGCUGCAGUCACAUGCAGCUGCAGGAAUCUCCCCACUGCCCUGCCACUCUCCACUGUGAUGUACGUCAGGUCCCUUGUCUGUUCCCACAGGGCCAUGAAUGACUGGGGGGUUAUGCAGGUGGGUGCAGCUGGGGGAAGGGGCUGGGUGACUUUUCUCAGGCUUUGGCCCUGCAAGCAAACCUAUGUAUCUGCUCUGUAUGUAAUAAAUGUCUUAUCACAGUACCUCUGUGUCCCUGGACCCA